UUCGGGCGCUUCCAGUCCUCUCAACUUUCUGUCAUUCUCUCUCUCUCUUUAUAUCUGAAUCUUCUCCUUCCCAUCCUUUCCUCUCUCUGUUACUCUACUCACCACCACGAGUGCAGACUCAACCACAAUGUCUUACUACGGACAGCAGCAGCCUUACUACCAGGAGCGCCCUCCUUAUGAGCGUCCCCCCUACGACGCCCCUCCUUCCGACAGACCCCCCUACGAGCGCCCUCCUUAUGACAGACCUCCUUACGAUCGCCCGCCUUCUGACAGACCUCCCUAUCAGGGAUCGCCCUAUGAGAGACCUCCCUAUCAGGGUGGUCCCCCUCCAGAGCGUCCUCCCUACGAGGGCGCCGACCGGUCCUUCGACUCUCGUCCCCCAUAUGCCAGCCCUCCUCCCUCCUCCCGGCCCCCUCCGGUUCCUCCCCCACCUCUUCCCAUGGGCUGGACCCAGGAAUGGGAGCCCAAUGUCCGCCGUGCUUUCUACGUUGAGGUCCCCACCGGCCGCUCCCAGUGGGAGCCCCCUCUAGGCGACACCGACGGCUCUCGUGAUCUGGCUCCUGCUGGACCUCCGGCCGGAUACUACGGUGCUCCUUCUCCUGCUCCCCCACAGCCGGAGGGCGGAUACUAUCCCCCACCUCAGCAGGGUGGCUACUACCCUCCUCAGCAGCAAGGUGGGGAAUACGUCGAUCCGGAGGAGCAGAAGAGCAGAGAGCGCAAGAAGAUGAUGAUGGGUGCUGCUGCCGGUCUGGCCCUCGGUGCCGUGGGUGGUGCUCUUUUGAACCACGAACUUGGUAAGUCAUACCCUGUCACACAUCGGCCGUCAUUCCCCCUGGAACGUAUUGCUAACUAUUUUCGAACAGAGGAGCACUCGGGCUCGAGCUCGGACGAGGAGCGCGAGGGCUCGCCCCAGCGGGAAAUCUACCAUGAGCGUGAAGUGUACAUCGAGCGUGAUGUUGAGCGUGAUGAGGAGCCCGCUUAUGAGCCGGAUGACUGGUAGAGGGUAGGCUGUGCCUCCCCUGUCCUAGAUUUUUGCAGUUCUGGAUCUGAGCGAUUUUUCUUCUUUGGGGAGAUUUAUCUGUAUUUAAUGCAAUUAGCCUUUUUUUCCCCGCAAAAGACCAUACUGUGGCUU